AUGAAUUUGAAGUAUAACCUUAUCCUGACAUUAAGCAUUUUUUUUUUACAGAUAUUGAUAAUGUCUAUUUUUGUUGAAUGUAGAAAAAAUAUAAGAGGUCUUAAUAAUUAUUUAUUUCUAUAUAAAGGUGUAAAUACCAUAAGGAAUCGAUAUAAUUUAUGUUCUUAUGUAAAUAAGGAUGUGGAGAAUUAUUCAAGAUAUUUUAAGAAUUCGUGUUCUUUAAUAUUAUCUUCUGGCACGGGUGGAACAGAAGCUUGUGAUUUUUGCAAUAUGUUAUAUAAUAUGUAUAUAAAAUAUUUAUGUAGAAUAAAGAAUAAGAAGAACAUAAAGUAUGAAAUUAUUGAUAUAAGUAAGAAUGAAUUUGGUAUUAAAAAAGUAGAAAUAAAGAUUGAUGGAGAAUAUAGUUUUUAUAAUUUUGUUUCUGAAAAAGGAAUCCAUAGAUUAGUUAGAAAUUCUCCUUUUAAUGCUCAAAAUAAAAAAAUGACUUCAUUUGUAAAAGUUGAUGUAAUUCCAACUUUAAAUUUUAAUGAUUUAAAUGUUAUUAAUUUUUUGAAUACAGCUGAAGGUGUUGGUUCUUCUUCAUCAUCUAAAGUAUCUAAAGAAUCUUCAGACAAAAAGCAAAAUAAAAAUAAACAAAAGCAAUUAAAAGAAAAUGAUAAUAAUAAUAAUAUGAAUAAUUCUUAUUAUGGUGGUAAUAAUAAAAUGAAUGAUUUUGUUAUAAACAAAAGUGAUCUUGUUAUACAAACUAUGCGUUCAGGUGGAAAAGGUGGACAAAAUGUAAAUAAAGUUGAAACAGCUGUUAGAAUUUUACAUAAACCAACAAAUAUUUCUGUCAAAGCUUCAAGUGAAAGAACACAACUUUUAAAUAAAAGAAAUGCUUUAAAAAGAAUUUAUGAAAAAUUGUUAUAUUUACAAACAGAAGCUUUGAAAAAUAAAAAAUAUGAACUAGCCAAUAAAAGCUUAACACAUUUUGGUGAACAAAUUAGGAAUUAUGUUCUAUAUGGUAAUAAGAUGAUAAAAGAUACUCGAACUAACGUUUUCUCAACAGAUAUUGAUAAGGUCUUAUAUCAAGGAGAAAUUGAUAUUUUUAUUGAUGCCUAUCAAAAGAAUUUAUAA